AUAUCUAGCGGAGCGGACAUGCAAGAAAGCGAAUUAAUAUAAUUAGGACAAAAAAGUGGUACUUCAAUUGUCGAUGUUUUUGUUCCUUCGGAUUUAACAUGCAUACAGUUCUCAUCGCUAAUAAAUGAAAAUCAAUAACUACAAAAUCCCACUGAAUCCACACACGUUAAACAAGAGAAACAAAUCAUGAAAAGUUCUCUCACGCAUAACAAAACAUUUAACAAUGAAUUAUUUAAAGACGCUAUCAAUUAUUUUAUUUGAACAAACAUUACAUUGUAUUCAAGACAAUGGGCAAGUGUGACACAUGACUGCAGAUUGACAGCAGUGUCAUCUGGCAGGUCAACGCGGUAAGGCCUCGAAAUGAGGUGGACGACGGUGUUCACAACUAUACUCAUUACAUCGACAAAUACAAGAGCGCAAUCGACGGAUGAUCUACAAACUUUUAAAUUCACAAAUUUCGCGCCAUCGACGGUAAAUUUUCAUGACAUCUACACGAACACCCUGGCUCUGCUGUCUGACGAACCAACUUUAAGCACAAAAGACGAUAUCCACAUCAGUGGCAUGCCCACGCAAUUUAUCGAGUUCCAGCUGCCUACCAAAACCGACAUGUCUACAACUACUCCAAAAAUAAAUUUUUCCGACACUUCUCAAGUUAGUGAAGGCACUGAAGAAGGUAGUGCAACUUCUACGUUACCCACUACGAGGAAAACGAUUGAAAAGGAAUUACGCUCACAAAAUACUGUUCCUUCGAGGAAUAUGCAGCGCGGGGUGUUAGAUCUACUGCUGCCUGCUUAUAGAGUGAAGACUUUCAAGAAUGUUUUCGACACUUUUAGAAAAGUUUUAUCUUAUACUUUUAGGAAAUAAAGGAAGGAAUUGAUAUAAA